AUGCCCAACCAAUCUGAUUCCGAGUCCUUGAACUCGAUGGACUUGGUGCCCCAGGAAUUCACCAAGCCCGAAGAAGACUCCAUUGUUUCCAGAAUCAACUCUCGAUACUCUGUGGGCGAGUCCGUGUCCAACUCGGCGCGUUUGACCAAGACAAGAACGGAAACGGCCCGUUCCUUGUACGACUUGGGUGUGGGAAGCUCGGCUCCCAUGCCUGAUAUCACCGCUCCUCCCGUGAAGAACCCCGUUUUCCCUGAGGAGUAUACGCUAGAAACAGAAACCGGUUUGGUGCCUGUGCAAACCUUGGCGUCCUUGGGAAGAGUCAAGACCAUUGUCUCUUCCAUGGCCGAAGAGGAAGUCAGCGAGAAGUUGGAAAAACUAGAUCCGGAAAUCGAGUUUGUCACCUUCCAACUCAACGAUCCUGAAAACCCCCACAACUGGUCUAUGGCCUGGAAGUGGUGGUAUACUUUUGUGUACUCGUGGGCUGUCAUUAGUGCUGCCUACGGUUCCUCUUCUUUGGCCGGUGGUCUUGGCCUCAUCAACGAAAAAUACCAUGUUUCCACUGAAGUCUCUACUCUUUGUGUUUCUUUGAUGGUCAUUGGUUUCCUUGUUGGUCCAUUGCUCUGGGCUCCAUUGUCAGAGCAAAUUGGUAGAAGACCCGUUUACUUCAUCAGUUUCUUCUUGUACACCAUAUUUAACAUUCCUGUCGCAUUGUCUCCCAACAUCGGAGGUGUUUUGGUGUGUCGUUUCCUUCUUGGUGUCUUUGCUUCUUCUGCAUUGACCAACGUUGGUGCUAGUUUGGUGGAUCUCCAUAACGAAACCCGUGGUUUGGCCAUUGCAUUUUUCUCUUUUUGCCCUUACUCUGGUCCUGUCCUUGGUGGUAUUGUCAAUGGUUUCAUCAGUGUUGAUAGCGGAAGAUACAGUUUGAUGGUUUGGAUGAACAUGGCAUUCGCUGGUGUCAUGUGGAUUCUCAUGGCCACGAUUCCAGAAACCUACGCUCCAGUGAUUUUGAAGAAUAGAGCAAAGCGCUUGAGAAAGGAGACUGGUAAUGAUAAAAUCAUGACUGAACAAGAGGCUACACCUAUGAGUUUUGGAGAAUUGGUUAACAACAACUUGGUCAGACCACUUAAGUUUAUCGUUCAAGAGCCUGUGUUGGAUCUUGUUUGUGGAUUCGUCGCUCUUAUCUACGCCUUGUUGUACGCUUUCUUCUUUGCAUACCCAUAUAUCUUCAGCAAGUUGUACGGCUUCAAAGACGACAAGAUCGGAUUGAUGUACGUGCCUAUUCUUAUCGGUGCUGGUUUUGCGGUGUUGACGACUCCCAUCUUGGAAAAAAGAUACAUCCGUCUUUGCAAGAUCAGACCUCCAACCCCAGAAGACAGACUUAUGGGUGCUAUGAUUGGCUCGCCUUUCCCAUGUAUUGCUCUUUUCAUUUUGGGUGCAACCUCGUAUAAGCAUGUUUUCUGGGUCGGCCCAGCCCUGUCCGGUAUUGCAUUUGGAUAUGGUAUGGUCUUGAUUUAUUACUCGUUGAACAACUACAUUAUUGACACCUAUGCCAAGUAUGCCGCCUCUGCUUUGGCCACCAAAGUUUUCUUGAGAAGUGCCGGUGGUGCAGCAUUCCCAUUGUUUGUCACCCAAAUGUACAAAGGUUUGGGUCUUCAAUGGGCUAGUUGGCUUUUAGCGUUUGUUUCCUUGGCGAUGAUUUUAGUUCCUUUCAGUUUCUACAGGUUUGGUGCUGGUUUGCGUGCCAAACUUUGCAAAGAAGACUACACUGUGCAUCACGAUUAA